UUCACGCGCAUCGUAUGUUCGCCAUAGAAAACAAAGCUAUCUGUGCGCUUCCAAUACAGCUAACAGGGCAAACACAGUACAGCUCUCUCGGUCUCUAUCUCUCUCUGCAGGUACACACAAGAUGGGUUUGCAGCUCAUCUAAGGGCCUUUGAUCGCGGGCCUGUUCUGACAGUCAGCUGAAGUCGUAUUUUUACGGACCGCUUUUGUUUCUUAGCCACGGCUAGCAGCAAAGCCACAGUCAUUGUCGUUUCUGCUGCGAACUGCCGACGGAAAACACAUCGACAUGUUGUUAUCGGAGCGGGCUUAUUAAAGAAGGCGAAACCGUGUGCUCGUGGAGGAGAUAAUCUCGUCGUUUGAGCCGAACCUGAGUCCUCAACGCCGACUGCCUCACUGCCUGACUUACUGAUAUGGCGGAGCAGAGCUACUCCUGGGCAUACUCUCUGGUGGACUCCAGCCAGGUGUCAACCUUCCUCAUCUCCAUUCUCCUUAUCGUCUAUGGGAGCUUUAGGUCUUUAAAUAUGGACUGUGAGAACCAGGAGAAGGACAAGGAUGGAAACCCCAUCCCCAAUGGCUCAUUUAACAAUGGCAACUCCAACAGUAUUCAGACCAUAGACUCAACACAGGCACUGUUCCUGCCCAUUGGGGCUUCUGUGUCUCUACUCGUCAUGUUUUUCUUCUUCGACUCAGUUCAGGUGGUGUUCACCAUAUGCACUGCAGUUUUAGCGACCAUUGCGUUUGCAUUCCUCCUGCUGCCGAUGUGCCAGUAUCUGACCAGACCCUGCUCUCCACAGAACAAUGGGUCUCAUGUCUCCAGGAUCUCGUUCGGCUGCUGUGGCCGCUUCACGUUGGCGGAGCUUCUCUCUUUCUCUCUCUCUGUCUUGCUGGUUCUCAUCUGGGUGCUGACCGGGCACUGGCUGCUCAUGGACGCUCUUGCCAUGGGUCUCUGUGUGGCCAUGAUUGCCUUUGUGCGACUGCCUAGUCUCAAGGUGUCGUGUUUGCUGCUGUCAGGCCUGCUCAUCUAUGACGUGUUCUGGGUCUUCUUCUCCGCCUACAUCUUUAACAGCAACGUGAUGGUGAAGGUGGCCACGCAGCCUGCUGACAACCCCCUGGACGUUCUCUCGCGCAAACUGCAUCUUGGCUCCGGCAUGGGGCGGGACAUCCCGCGGCUCUCUCUGCCCGGCAAGCUGGUGUUCCCAAGCUCCACUGGCAGCCAUUUCUCCAUGCUGGGCAUUGGCGACAUCGUCAUGCCGGGACUGCUGCUGUGUUUCGUGCUCAGAUACGACAACUAUAAGAAGCAGGCUUCAGGAGAAGUGCCCAAUGUGUCCGGUCGCAUGCAGCGGGUUUCCUACUUCCACUGCACCCUCAUUGGUUACUUUGUUGGUCUGCUGACUGCGACAGUGGCCUCUCGGAUUCACCGUGCAGCUCAGCCUGCCCUCCUUUACUUGGUGCCCUUCACCCUGCUGCCUCUGCUCACCAUGGCCUACCUGAAGGGUGACCUACGGCGCAUGUGGUCCGAGCCCUUCCACACCAAGGCCAGCAGCUCACGUUUCCUGGAGGUAUGAUGCUGCUUUGACCAGCACAGAUUCCCUGCCCUACCCACCCACCAGAGAGAGAGAGACAGAGUUCGGAAGAGAGGAACUUAAAUCGUCUUCUCAUCGUCCCUCAUUCCUGUCGUCAUCCUCCAGCCAGCAGAUGAACAGGCGUACACAGACUUCACUGGCAGAUGGAUUCAAGCGUUCCACACAUCUUCAUAUUCCUCAUUCCUUACAUUCUAUCCAUCCUUUUCCUGAUCCACUACUGUCCAUUCAAAUCAUGUCUUUUUCCUCUACAUCUUUUCUUUCUCAGCUCCAUUCAAUCUUGAAGCUUGUCACUACAUCUUUCUUAAAGGACAGUUCACCCCCCAAAAACAAAUUCUGUCAUCUGUCAACCUGUAUUAGGUUUGGAACAACAUGAGGUUGAGGAAAUUAUGGCAGAAUAAUGCAUUUUGGGUGAACUAUACCUUUAAAUUUCUCUCUCUCUCUCUCCCCCUCUUUCCUUCCUUGCCCAUCACUGCUUCUGUUUUCUGAACUGAACCACACUUUACCGGAUUCUAUGUUCACUGGACGUAACUGGAGCCUCUUUGUGCUCCAAAUGCAUUUCCAUUUUUACCAUUCGGCACCAUUAUGGAUUUACAGACUGGGAUGUUUUUUUUUAUUUACUUCUAUAAACGAACCGUGGACGAGGAACGUCGAUUCCGCCACCAUCAUUGGAUGACGAUGACCCUAUAAGGGACCAGCACACAGGAUAGCGAUAUAUUUUCCCCUUUACUUCGAUCUCUUUCUCUUUCCCCUUCUGAUAAAUCCCCCACCCCGCAUCCAUCCUGCCCCCUUUGCAGAUACAUGUAUUUUAUUUAGAAAGAUUUUAUUCUUGACAUAUACAGAAAUGAUGCAUUAUAAAUUGUGGGGGCGUACAGCUCUAUGUAUAUAUGUGUACACAUGUAUUAAGGGUUAUCAUGUUGCGGUGCAAGUGUGCGUGUACGUGUGAAUGAGGGCAAAAAUGUGUUUAAAGAGGAACUAUGUCAUUUUUCUGUGUUUUUAGAUCUCGAUGGAGCCGUAGCUGAAUGAAAUGACAAAGGCAAAUGAGGGGAAAUUUUUUAUUUUUGGGGGGGUUCUUUAAAUCCACAUAGGUCACUUUUUUUUGCCUACACAUCCUUGUCCAUAUGACACAGUGGGAGGGCUGUUUGCAUGGUUCGAACAGGCCAAUCUGUGCACAGCUGGACCAUUUAAGAGGAGUGUAUGUGUGUUUGUUUGAGAUUGUGUAGAUGUAUGAAUGUAUGACGUUACGUCUAUAGGGGUCUGGAUGGGCUAUUAAUGGCACAAGUUAAAAUUCUGUCAACAUUUGUUCAUCAAAUUGUUUCAAACCUAAAUGAAUUUAAAAAAAAAAUAAAUUACUUCUGUGGAACACAAAAGGCAAUCUUUGACUAAAUGUAAGUAUCUGUCACAUUCUCUUUUGUUGCAUUUUUUUUUUAUGCACUGAAAGUGAACGAAUAGUGACUGAGACUUAAGUUCUCUUGUUUUCCACAGAAGUCAUACAGGCCUGGAACGCCAGUAGGAUGAGAAAAAGAUUCUCACCAAAUCUGUCUAGAAAAUGUCCUGAUUAAAUAUGAUCUUGAGAAUCAUCAGUUCCAUGAGAAUCAUCCGGUUAAUGAUGACAGAAUUUUUUGGGUGAUCUAUCUCUUUAAAUAAGAGCUCUAUCACCCCACUUGAGGAAAAUUUUAAAGGAUUGUACUAAAAUCAUUGGACCCUAGUUAUUUAAUCAAGCCCAUGAAUUUUUUUUCCCACUAGUAUUUUGUUAUUUCAAGCAUAUAUAUAUAUAUAUAUAUAUAUAUAUAUGCAUAUACAUGCUAUAUAAAAAAAAAAUAAUAAUUUUGUUGUAGUCAUUCCUCCCACACAAUUGGAUCCAUAAUAGAUUAAAACUGAAACUGAUGGUGUGUGUCCAGUGGGGUUGAAUGAGUGCGUGUGUGUGCAAUGUUGUAGAAAAUAAUGCAUUUUGCUGGCUUCGUCUGUUGAGAUUUGCUUUUUUUUUUUUUUUUUUUUACCUGAUGUUACCUGUUUUUUAAUCUGUUAGUUGUCUGGCCUUGCAUGUCAAUUGUACAGCGUGUCAUUCUUCAAAGCUGCGUUUCCAGGGAAACGGUGGUAGUGCGACACUCUGAAACUCUGAAACGCAGACUCGUGAACGAAGAGUCUCGCACAAGAUAAUUAAUAAAACGAGAGAGAGAGGCAGAGGGGCAACAAGACUGAACCACUUUGCCCCUCAGCCCCACUUUUGGACAAACAUUGGCAAUGCGUUGCCUAAAUAUUCAGUAUGAACGUUUGCCUGAUGGCAGUGGGACACGGUUAAACUGAGCAUCAUGGACAUAAAUCCAACACACUGUCCCUCUGCCACCCUUAUAGACAUUACAACAAAAAAAAGAGAACCAUUUAAAUGACGAUCAUGAUGAUUGCAUUGAAAUAAACAAAAGGGGGUUUUUUUAAUGGAAGAUUGCUUUUUUUUUGUUUUGUUUCAAACCAUUAUCUGUCAUUUUCCCCCACUUUUCCCCUAAUGCUGUCGAUUUUCAUUUUGUACUACUUUUUAUUUUUUUCAUUGUCCUCCCUGCCCGCAGAGGGCGCUAAGCUCUGUUGGGCUCAACAUUAACAGCCAAAAGGAUUCUGUAUACAAAUUUGAAUAAAUAAAGUGUAGUGAAACGUUGAUCCAAAUGAGUUGUACUGAACACAUUUCAGCUCUCCUAAACUUCCCUUCUCUUGUCAGGAUUCUGCUGUAAAUAAAACAUGAC